CUUUAGGCUGGCGAAGGAGGGGGAUUCGUCCCCCUUAGCCUCAAGCUGCGCAUGCGCUGGGAGGGGAGUGGUGACGCGGCGAAGAAGUGAAUGGCGCAUGCGCACUGGGCGCGCGGCCUGCUCCCUGAGACCGUGCCGUCGGAUCGGUUUUUCGUUCGGAAGAAUAAACGGUGUCGAAGCCGCCUGCACGGUCCUUCCCGCGCUCGCCCGUCUGAACGCAGCCAAGCCCUGACCUGGGCGGGGAGGUUGAGCUGUGCUUCCGGCCUUAAAGCCCGUUUGCUCCACGAUCCAUCUUGUUUCAAACUCUGAAAGAACCAGGUGUUUUGUGUAAAAUUGUACAGUGUAUAGGUAGAAAGUUAUUGGCAUCCAGCAUCAAAAUGCUUCCGUCUGUGGGGUUGAACACGUCUUUAGCACCGCACGACACGGCAGCGUAGAAAAGUUAAUCUUCGUUUUCUAUUGCAAGUGAAAUUCAUAAAGGUUCCAUUGAAGGGGAACUCUUGUCUCCAAUUCUUUAUGAAUGCUUUAGGCUUAUUUUACUCUAUGACCUGGCUGCCUAAAAUAGGUGUAGUAUCUUGGAGGCCAUGGACUUUGAGGAAGCAACUGUUUUUAUCCCCCAGGCAGUCUGUGCCUCUCUUCCAAGUAGCAGGAAAGAAGACUUCUCGUGAUCUUCUUGCACUAAGUGAGACAGAAUUAGAAGAACAGCUUGUAAGAGGUAGUGGCCCUGGAGGCCAAGCAACUAAUAAAACAAACAACUGUGUUGUCUUGAAGCACAUUCCAUCUGGGAUUGUAGUCAAGUGUCAUCAAACUAGAUCAGUGGAGCUGAACCAAAAGAGAGCUAGAGAGAUACUGCAAGAAAAAGUUGACCUAUUUUACAAAGGUGAAGAUAGUGAUGUUUUCAAAGAGAAGAUGAAAGCAGGGAGCAAAAAGCAAGAGAAGAAAAGAAAAGCAAAGGAAAACCUGGAAAGGAAAAAACAACUUAAAAAAAUGCAAGAACUGGAGAAUGAGAAACUGUUCCCCUGAAAACAGCAAGUGUGUUAAUUUUCCAUCAUUUUGAUGCCAUAGGACUUCCCAAACACCACUGAAAAUAUUGAGUUAUGAAUGAGCUUCCAUUAGCAUAAAACAAGGCAUUUAACCACUGGCUAACAGCAAUCACAUUUCAGCCUCAAUCCACUGCCUCAUUCUCCACAUUCAACAGUCAAACUCAGCAUGAAUAGUUGGUUAAGGCAGUUUUGGUAAAAGAAGCAACAUGAUCAUUUAGGCCUUGUUGUAGUGCAUCUUACUGACUUUCUCUUCUGUAUAGCCCAUGGAAAUAGAAUAAGAAAAAACACAAUAGGCUAAGAAUAGUCUUUUCAGAGUGUGAAGAUUUAGGCAUAUAAUCAUCUCUCUUAGUCCAAUGCUUAAAUUUCCUCUACAUAAAGAUGAGGGCAUAACUAAAACAUAGGACAACCCAUAAUCACUGCACAGGCAGUAUUCCUACUGAAGUCAGAAUCGCCUUCAUAAACUACAGGAUAUCGAAUAAACCAGCAAUAGGAUAAUACCUUGUUCUUGCACAAAGAAGUGGAGGAUACUGUAGACUGAAAAAAUCAGCUGUGGAGAGAAAAAGGGCUUAAUCUUAAAUGUUCUUAAGCAACACAGUCCCUUUCCCCAAAUUGUGUUAAGUCUUAGUACUGACCACUGUUGCCUCCUUUCUUUGGGUUUUCAUUGUAUACUAAACAUCUACCUUCAGUAAUAAAUUCACAGCUUCAUUUAUCAUGCAGUUUUGAUAUCGCAAAACAGGACAUUAUAUUAUGUGUAUGAACUUUGCCUCAAAGGGUCCUCAGCUUGUUUGAAAUAUUUCCCUAGUGUUAUUUGAUUGGGAAGUAAGUAUUGUGUGUUGUCACAUAAAUGCUGAUUUGAAUCCAGAGAUGUGUGACUGAUCUUCCUCUUAAAAGUGUAGAAAAAUUUAGUCACGUCUGGAAUUUUUAUAGUCUCUCAUGCACGUAGCAUGGAUUGCUAUGAGAAGCUAUGCCCCAGCAGCGAAAGGGUAGAGAGAGAGCGUCCAAAAGGACAUUUGUGGCACUUCGGAAGGUUUGUGGGCGCAGUGGGUUAGUUCUUUAGGAAAAGGAAUGGAGACAGCAAACGGCCUUACCUUCUUCCUGCAGGGACUGCCUGCCUGCAUCCAACUAUGCCAUGGACGGAGCAUCUCUAGCUGCAUGCAGUCGUGUUCUCUAGCCUGUUCCCAGAUUUGAGCCUCACACAUGAAGGUUAAACCUUUACCUAUCUAACCAGGUUCUUUUGUACAUUUAACAUCAGAUGGAUUAAAGGCACUCUACAUGGUUUUAAUACAAAUUGUUAAUGAAAAUAAGUUUUAUUACAUCAAGUAAUAAAUACAUACAAAGAUGCAAAUAACA